CGGGUCUGAACGACGCACUGGCUCUCUUACGCCAUAAGUCGGUCCCUGCAUCCUUUAUCUGCACUUCCUUUCCCCUCCAAGGUCUCGAAAAAUUCAACCUCCAAGAAUUGUCUAUACGGUGCAUGGAUAUCCUACACGGUACUGUACAGCCCCGCGAACUGACCCCCUCUCCCCACCGUGUGAAGUCACUGUAUAGGUAAUUCUCACAACCCUCACGCGAUCCACAAGACGACAAUCCCCUCCUGUUGCAUUCAUCAGCUCGCCAUUCCACCGCCCGCCACGUCCUGCGUCUGUACGCAUCCGAAAUGUCCGCCCUCGCUCGUUCUGACACGCACGCAUUUCGUAUUCUUCUCCUCCCUCCCACCGUCGAUGGUGUCCGUCUGACCACACGUUGGGCUAGAGAUGAGACCAAGGUCAGGAAAUGAGACAACGAAGCAGAGCAGUCAGUAAAUAUUAGACAAUCGAGUAUUGAAGCGCCGGUUUUCGUUGUCAAUCCAUGUGUUGUUGUGAGGCUAUGGGAAUAUACGCCCAACACCGGCAAAGGCAUUACUUGGGACACACCAAGCGCAUUUUCCUUAGUGCCAUAACGCCUUGUCAGCUUGCGAUGGUGCAAUCCUGGGGCCGUCGACCACUUUCCUAGCAAUUCGGCCUUUACGGACUAAGCGCCUGCAACCUUUGAUCUUCCCAAAGUCAAUUGAUUGGAAUUGGUCUUGAGUUGCCGAGUAUGGAGACAAUCACCUCUUUCCAACUCCCGAUGUCGACAUUGAAAUAUCGGACCAUCUCCUGUCCUGGAAAUCCUUCAAUUGACCCGCCGCGUCUCCCGGCUCGAUUUGUUUCAUCUUUUCUACAAAGUUCGGGCAUUGCUUGCAGCAAUCCCUUUGUUCCGGCUAUUUCGAACUGUCAGGGUCUGAAAUGAAGGAUUUGGCUGAAGCUGUUGAUCACUUCACGAGCCGCAAGUCGGCUGGACACAUCUUAUCAACCCACCACGAAGAGCCGAGAAACGAAACGUUGUGUUGCACAGCACAAGAACAACUCAUUAACUGCCACACGUGCGAACUGGGAAUUUUUUUGGUCACAUUUUGUCCAGAUCCAUUGAUUGUUGAGUCAUUGAAACAAACUGCCUGAGAAACUACCCCACGGUCGUAUCGAGUCCAGGUCACCUCCGUCUAGAACGGGAACCAGCAGGAUAUGCUUAUAAGCAGAUUCCAGCCCAGACCGAGACAACUCAGUUCCUUGCCUCGUCUCCUUGAUUGCGCCUGGCUCUCGACUGCUAUCCGAAGAGGUUGAAAACAUGAACGUUCAAUUGGCUCCUUGUGCCAAGAGGGUGAUGUUGACCAAAUACCAUGACUGGUAGUAAUGCACCGUAGCACUUGUCCCAUGUAUUCGUCCCAAAAGCUUGACCGAAGCCAUCCUUAUCUCUCUGUCGUUUUGACUAACAGGCCGCCAACCAAGCAAAGCCGUUCCUUACCGCUCACAGACAACCCUGGCUCGAGAUUACUUCUAAGUUCUCGGCAAAGAACUAACCACCGAACAAACCUCACGCGACCAUUAUUUGCCAGCCAUUCUCAAAUUGAUGGUCUAUGCACAUUCCUUUCCCUUCUUGUGCUUAGCCUGCUGGCUACGCAUCUGGACCCUGAUACGACGCCGAAUACACCGAAUCCUCGUCCUCGUUGAUCCAUUCAUCUAUCCCCUAGUAAGUUUAUCUGCUGCCUAGUUCCAGCAAGCCAAACUCCCGGAGACGUGCCUAUCAAGAUUGCCUCUCUUUCUUGUUGGCCUCGACUCAAGGAGAACCCUGUUAGCUUGCUCUGUUCUCCACCAAAAAGUUGUCCUGGCUGGCUCUGUCUCCUCCUGCGCAAGUUUCCAUGAAACUACUGUUAACUGGCCAAUCAUGGCUUAGCCUCUCCGACAGCCGAUGACCGACAACCUCUUCCCUGGAGAAGACAACUCUCUUGUUGUGUGCUGACAACUCUAGAAUCACAAGGAUAUGAAGCGAACAAUGAUGCGUUGAAUAUACAGUUCGUUAUUUACUGUUUGCGGUUAUUACAAUACCUAGAAGAUAUAAAACAUGAACUUGAAUGACAUUUCAUGCAUUAUACCAAUCAAACUGAUAUCCUAACAAUUCAAACCCUUCCGUCACAUCGAGCUCGCCUGCUUGCUCGCUCGCUCAGCUCAGUCAGCCAUGAAGCCACAAUAAGAAGGAUGAAUACAAAAAAAGCAAUCCCCUUUCCGACUUCACUCCAAUGCCCUAAAAUCCGUCAUGAGUUGCCAUAUUUUACCGUCAUUGUAGUGAUGCACCCUGUGCGCUAACGCUCCUCCCAUACAAAUCAGCCUGAAAAACACCAUUACUUUGUCUGUCGCACAAACACCCUUUCCCAUCACGCCAGUUGCAAUGCUCGUCCAGUCUUUUCCCCCUUCUUCCUUGAAACAUAGGUAUCGUAUGGCAUAUAUCGCCUCCUAUAAAGUGGAUUCGGACCGUCCCUCCAGGGGCCAGCCGGUAGAAGUAUAGAUUACAUCCCUGCCUCUUACUGAGUUCUAUAGAACUUCUUGUAGAGGAGAUGCAGCAGCAGAUUAACAUUGAGUUUGAGACUGCCCUCGAACAGAGUCAUGAACUGAUGCGCCUCGAACUGAGCCUGCAAGAGGUCCUCAAUGGGCACCAGAGCACUGGCUCCGGGGAUCUGGAUGUGUCCUCGCGAACCCUCAAGGCUGAAGACACCUACUUCGUCACAUGAGAUGGUCAUGUUGAUCUUCUCAAAGUCGUUGAUGCCACUCCAUGACACCAGCACACCCUUCUCGGAGAGAGCACGCGCGCUGUACUUGUAACUGCCGAACUUGGGUACACGGCCGCUACGUUCCAGUUCACGCUGGUGGUUGUAUUGCUUGGUGAAGGGUAGCAAGAACUUCUUGCGGCUAUUAAAAUGUUAGUCAUUGUAUCACAGUAACGUUACAGAAG